GCGGAGGAGGCGGGGCCGGGCGAGCGGGACCGGCCGGGGCGGCCUCGGCUGCGGGCGAGCUCGGAGCCCGAGGCGGUCAGCAUGGUGGGGGAACGGUGCUCCGGGGACCUCAUGAUGGUGGUACCCCUGGGUCCGCAGCUGAAGGCGUUCCCCGAAGAACUCAUUCGACAGCGGCUUGGCCACGAUGGGCGCCCCGAAUACCUGAUCCGAUGGAGUGUCCUCCAGUGUAGGGAAGUUGGCAGAGUGGGUACGGAAGAGGGCAAGGCAGAGUACAUCCUCAUGUGGCUUUCUGCCCCCGAGGUCCACGCUACCUGCCCCAUGCUGAUAAGAGAGUGGGUGCUGUCGAAGGGACCUCAGCACGAACCAGUGGGGGGUCUAAGAAGCUUUCCCCGAGAUCCAGGCGGCUUGGAUGAUGCAGCCAUGGGAGAGAUGGAGGCAGACGUGCGGGCGUUGGUGCGCAGGGCCACCAGACAGUUGGCAGAAGGCGGCACGUCGAGCCACACGGCUGCAGUCCUCCACACCGUCCACGUGCUCAGUGCCUACGCCAGCAUCGGGCCCCUCGCGGGAGUCUUCCGGGAGACGGGGGCCCUGGACCUGCUGAUGCACAUGCUGUGCAACCCUGAGCCUCAGCUCCGCUGUAGUGCGGGCAAGAUGCUGCAGGCGCUGGCGGCCCACAGCACUGGGAGUCGGGCUCACGUCCUUCUGUCACUGAGCCAGCAAGAUGGCAUCGAGCAGUGCAUGGACUUUGACAGCCGCUAUACCCUGCUGGAGCUGUUUGCAGAGACCACCUCCUCCGAGGAGCACUGCCUGGCCUUUGAGGGCAUUCAUCUGCCUCAGAUCCCAGGAAAGCUGCUCUUCUCCUUGGUGAAGCGUUACCUGUGCGUCACGUCCCUGCUGGAUGAGCUGAACCAUAGUCCACAGCGGGGAGCUGGAGACGGGGGCUCUGUGUCGUUGGCGCCGCCGCCCCCGGAGGACGUGGGUCGGGAGAAGACCCGGGCACAGCGGGAGCUGGAGUUUAGCCUGGCCGUGGGCAGCCUCAUCUCCGAGCUGAUGCGGAGCUUGGGCUGGGCCUGGAACCUGGGCGAACUGGCUGCAGGGGCCCGACCGCCGGGGCCUGGCCGCUCCAUCUUUCAGCCCUGCGUGUCAGGGGCCGGCCUCUCCCUUCCCGCCGUCCCGGUGCCUCCCAGGAGGUCAGACCGGUCCUUCCGCCAGCGCGCAGAGUUCUCCAGCCGCAGUGGCUACGGCGAAUACGUGCAGCACACGCUGCGGCCUGGCAUGCGCGUGCGGAUGCUGGAUGACUACGAGGAGAUCAGCGCGGGCGAUGAGGGCGAGUAUCGGCAGAGCAACAACGGCGUGCCCCCCGUGCAGGUUUUCUGGCAGUCAACAGGCCGCACCUACUGGGUGCAUUGGCACAUGCUGGGGAUCCUGGGCCCCGAGGAGGUGACUGAGGAUGCGGCUUCGGGCGCCGUGGAGAAGGGGUCAGCAGAGACUGUCCUGAGCACAGCCUUCCCCCCCUGGGACUGGAAGCCGGUGGACGGGCUCUACUCCCUGCCGUACCUGCAGCCCGAGCAGCAGACGCCCGAGGACCUCCAGCGCUUGAGCCAAGCUGAGUGGUGGCAGCUGCUCUUCUUCAUCAGGAAGUUGGAUGCCUGUGAGCAGGAGCCGCUUUUCCAGAGCCUCCAGAAGAACCUGGAUGAGACCCCGGCUGAGGGAGCCCUGGGCGAGUUGAGCGUGCCGGUCGAGAUGGCUGAGGGGCUGCUGCAGGUGCUUCGGGAUCGGCUGGAGGGCAGCGCCCUCAGCGACCUUCUCAGCUCCCAGAUCUACACCAAGUACGGGCACCUCCCCGAUGCACCAAGCCGCUCGCCUUCACAGAGUCACUCCCGGACCCCGGACCCUCAAGAGGAGAGCAAGGCUGAGGCCACCUGCUCGGAGGAUGACACCGAGUCCCCCACAGCCAAGGCCGAGUCCCCUCAGGCAGGGGCAGAGGCAGAGGCUGCCGGGAGACAGACUGGGCCUCCCGUGGCGCAGAGUGAUUCUCAGCUGUUCAACCAGCUGCUGGCAUCGGAGGGCAUGACUCUGCCCGCCGAGAUGAGCGGAGUGGUCAGAGCUUUGCGAGCCCCUGGUUCCCACAGCAACCUGGAUCUGCACGUGGCGGUCAUCGGGGCCACGGUGCAGAUCUCCAGCUCCAACACCAGCCUGCAGGUGGAAGGGCUCUCUACGCUGUCUCUGGCUGUGGAGGAGGCCACAGACAGGAACCACCCUCUCGUCCGUCCUGACAGAACCCUGAGGGAGAAGCUAGUGAAGACACUGGUGGAGCUACUGAGCAACCAGGUGGGGGAGAAGAUGGUGGUGGUGCUGGCCCUGCGCCUCCUCUACCUGCUCAUGACCAAGCACGAGUGGCGCCCACUCUUUGCCAGGGAGGGCGGCAUCUACGCCGUGCUGCUGUGCAUGCAGGAGUACAAGGCUUCCAUCCUGGUGCAGCAGGCGGGGCUGGCGGCGCUGAAGAUGCUGGCCAUUGCCAACUCCUCGGAGAUGCCCACUUUCGUUCCUGGCCAAGAGUCUCUCCCCCCGUUGUUUGACGCCCAGAUGACCAGAGAGAUCUUUGCCAGCAUUGACUCGGCCACCCUCCCGGGCACCGACAGUCUGCUCCUGACCAUUCCCGCGGCUGUGAUCCUCAUGCUGAACACGGAGGGGUGCUCCUCCGCAGUGAGAAAUGGCCUGCUUCUCCUCAACCUGCUUCUGUGCAACCAUCAUACACUGGGAGACCAGAUUAUCACCCAGGAGCUGAGGGACACCUUGUUCAGGCACUCGGGGGUUGCCCCGGGGACGGAGCCCAUGCCCACCACCCGCACCAUCCUGAUGAUGCUGCUCAGUCGCUACUCAGAGCCGCCAGCCAGUCCCCAGCGCACAGUGCUGGAGACCCCCAAAGCCCAGGUCCAGGAUGCGUCCCCAGAGCUGUUGAUCCGCUCCCUGGUGGGGGGCCCGUCUGCCGAGCUCCUCCUGGACCUGGAGCGCGUGCUGUGCCACGAGGGCGGCCCGGCUGCCCCUGCCGCGGCCCUGGGGCCUCUCCUGCAGCGCCUCCAGCAGGACACCCAGCCCUUCCUCCUGUUGCUGAGGACCCUCGACGCCCCCGGACCCAACAAAGCCCUGCUGCUGAGGGCACUGAGGAUCCUGACACGGCUGCUGGAUCACCCCGAGGCCAUGGACCUCCCCUGGCAUGAGGUCUUGGAGCCCUGCCUCAGAUGCCUGAGCAACCCCAGCAGUGACUCUGAGAUUGUGAAGGACCUGCUCGGCUUCCUGCACCGCCUGGCCUUCACACACAAGGACCACGCCGUGGUGCUCUGCUGCCUGGGCGCCGGCGACACCCUCGCCAAACUCGAGGGCAAACACUCGGCGCACGCGCUGCUGGCCUGUGAGCUGCGGGAGCUGCUGGCCACCUGUGAGAAGCACGCCCGGCUCUACAGCAACCUCACCUCCAGCAUCCUGGCCGGCUGCAUUCAGAUGGUGCUGGGCCAGAUCGAGGACCACAGGCGCACCCACCGACCCAUCAACAUCCCCUUCUUCGACGUCUUCCUCAGGCACCUCUGCCAGGGCUCCAGCGUGGAGGUGCGCGAGGACAAGUGCUGGGAGAAGGUGGAGGUGUCCUCCAACCCGCACCGGGCCAGCAAGCUGACCGACCGCAACCCCAAGACCUACUGGGAGUCCAACGGUAGCACCGGCUCCCACCACAUCACGCUGCACAUGCACCGGGGUGUCCUGAUCAGGCAGCUGACUCUGCUGGUGGCCAGCGAGGACUCAAGCUACAUGCCAGCCAGGGUGGUGGUGUUUGGGGGUGACAACACGAGCUGCAUCAACACGGAGCUGAAAACGGUGAACGUGCUGCCCUCGGCCAGCCGCGUGAUCCUCCUGGAGAACCUGACCCGCUUCUGGCCCGUCAUCCAGAUCCGCAUCAAACGCUGCCAGCAGGGCGGCAUCGACACCCGGGUUCGGGGUAUCGAGGUCCUGGGCCCCAAGCCCACUUUCUGGCCGCUGUUCCGGGAGCAGCUGUGUCGCCGUACGUGUCUGUUCUACACCAUCCAGGCUCAGGUUUGGAGCCAGGAUAUAGCCGAGGACCGCAGGGGCCUCCUGCAGCUGUGCCCCAGGCUGAACCGGGUUUUGCGCCACGAGCAGAGUUUUGCUGACCGCUUCCUCCCCGACGACGAGGCUGCCCAAGCCCUGGGCAGGACGUGCUGGGAGGCGCUUGUCAGCCCCCUAGUGCAAAACAUCACUACCCCGGAUGCUGCCACCGGUGUCAGCUCGCUGGGGUGGCUGCUGGAUCAGUACCUGGUGCAGCGGGAGAGCUCGCGGAAUCCCCUUGGCCGAGCCGCCUCCUUCGCCUCGCGAGUGCGUGGCCUGUGCCACUUGCUGGUGCACGUGGAGCCUCCGCCAGGGCCAUCUCCAGAGCCACCCACCCGGCCCUUCGGCAGGAACAAUAAGGGGCGGGAGCGGAGUCCCGGACCGCCCCCAGCUCUUCCCAGCAGCAGCCUGAGGAACAUCACCAAAUGCUGGCAGAGUGUGGUGCAGGAGCAGGUCGGCCGCUUUCUGGCUGCAGCCUGGAGGGCCCCUGACUUUGUGCCUCGUUACUGUCAACUCUACGAGUGUCUGCAGACUGCGGGCUCCGAACUCUUCGGGCCGCGGGCAGCCUUCACCCUGGCUCUGCGCAGUGGCUUCUCAGGGGCCCUGCUGCAGCAGUCCUUCCUCACCGCGGCCCACAUAAGCGAGCAGUUUGCCAGGCACAUUGACCAGCAGAUCCAGGGGGGCCUAGUUGGCGGAGUCCCUGGCGUCGAGAUGCUCGGGCAGCUUCAGCGGCACCUGGAACCCAUCAUGGUCUUGUCUGGCCUGGAGCUGGCCACAACCUUCGAGCACUUCUAUCAACACUACAUGGCGGACCGUCUCCUGGGCAUGGACUCGAACUGGCUGGAGGGGGCCGUGCUGGAGCAGAUCGGCCUCUGCUUCCCCAACCGCCUCCCCCAGCAGAUGCUGCGGAGUCUGGGCGCCUCCGAGGAGCUGCAGCGCCAGUUCCACGCCUACCAGCUCCAGCGGCUGGACAGGCUGCUUCUGGAGCAGGAGGAUGAGGUGCAGGGCCUGGAAGAGGUAAGAGGCGGCGACGCGCGGGAGGGAAGAGGAGAGCACAUCGAAGAGCCCCAGGGCCCUGGAAUCCUCGUGUCGCAGGAGGAAGAGGAGAAAGAAGAGGCCAAGAAAGAACUGUUUCUCGAUGAUCCAAGUCCAACAGUGUCCAUACUGGUCUUGUCCCCGCGCUGUUGGCCAGUCUCCCGUCUCUGCUACCUGUACCAGCCCCGAAAGUGCCUUCCCGCAGAAUUCUGUGAUGCCCUUGACCGCUUCUCCAGUUUCUACAGCCAGAGCCAGAACCAUCCGGCCCUGGAUGUGGGGCCCCAUCGGAGGCUGCAGUGGACGUGGCUGGGCCGGGCAGAGCUGCAGUUCGGGGACCAGACCCUGCACGUGUCCACGGUGCAGAUGUGGCUGCUGCUGCACUUCAAUGGGAGAGAGGAGAUGUCGGUGGAAAGUUUGCUGGAGAAUUCUGACCUCACGCCCGAGCUGCUGCUUCAGGCCCUGACACCCCUCACCUCCCAUAACGGCCCUUUGACCCUGAUGGAGGGCCCGGACCUGCCCGCCGGGGGGGUGUUGCGGCCCCGGGAGCCCGGGCCUCAGCUGGACAGGGACACGCUGUGGCUGCUGCCGCCUCAGAAAUACCUGAACGUAGAGGAGGACGAGGGCCGAACCCUGGAGCAGAAGCGGAACCUCUUAAGCUGUCUUCUGGUCCAUAUUCUCAAAGCCCACGGACAGACGGGCCUCCACAUCGACCAGCUGGUUUGUCUGGUGCUGGAGGCUUGGCAGAAAGGCCCAAACCCGCCCGGCAGCCUGGGGCGCUCGGUGGCUGGGGGUGUGGCGUGCAGCAGCGCCGAUGUCCUGUCCUGCACCCUGCAGCUGCUGGGCCAGGGCUAUGUGAAGCGGCGAGAUGACCGGCCCCAGAUCCUCCUACUUGCCUCCCCAGAGCCCACGGGACCCUGCCAGGGCCAAGCAGACAUCCCCUUCGGUAGCGACCAGAACCCCAAGACCUCCAAGCCGAGCCCAGAAGCUGUGGCUGCCCUGGCGUGUCUGCAGCUGCCUGCGGGCCGCACCAUGAGCCCCCAGGAGGUGGAGGGCUUGAUGGAGCAGACGGUGCGCCGGGUGCAGGAGACGCUCAGCCUGGAGCCCGACGUGGCCCAGCAUCUCCUGGCUCAUUCCCACUGGGGGGCUGAGCAGCUGCUGCAGAGCUACAGUGACGAUCCCGAGCCCCUGCUGCUGGCCGCCGGGCUGCGUGUCCCCCAGGCCUCCCCUGCCCGCCCUGACCACUGCCCCGUCUGCGUCAGCCCCCUGGAGACUGGCGAUGACUUACCCGCUCUCUGCUGCUCACAUUUCUGCUGCAAGUCUUGCUGGAACGAGUACCUGACCACUCGCAUCGAGCAGAACCUCGUGCUGCACUGCACCUGCCCCAUCGCCGACUGCCCCGCCCAGCCCACCGGGGCCUUCAUUCGGGCCAUCGUCUCCUCGCCAGAGGUCAUCUCCAAGUACGAGAAGGCCCUCCUGCGGGGCUACGUGGAGAGCUGCUCCAACCUGACCUGGUGCACCAACCCCCAGGGCUGCGACCGCAUCCUGUGUCGCCAGGGCCUGGGCUGUGGGACCACAUGCUCCAAGUGUGGCUGGGCCUCCUGCUUCAACUGCAGCUUCCCUGAGGCUCACUACCCUGCCAGCUGUGGGCACAUGUCUCAGUGGGUGGAUGACGGCGGCUACUACGACGGCAUGAGUGUGGAGGCCCAGAGCAAACACUUGGCCAAGCUCAUCUCCAAGCGCUGUCCCAGCUGCCAGGCGCCCAUCGAGAAGAACGAGGGGUGUCUGCACAUGACAUGUGCCAAAUGCAAGCAUGGAUUCUGCUGGCGCUGCCUCAAGUCCUGGAAGCCGAACCAUAAAGACUAUUACAACUGCUCUGCCAUGGUCAGUAAAGCUGCCCGCCAGGAGAAGUGCUUCCAGGACUAUAACGAGAGGUGCACCUUCCACCACCAGGCUCGGGACUUCGCUGUGAACUUGCGGAACCGUAUCACCGCCAUCCACGAGGAGCCCCCACCCAGAUCCUUCACCUUCGUCCACGAUGCCUGCCGGGGAUUGGAGCAGGCCCGGAAGGUGCUGGCCUAUGCCUGCGUGUACAGCUUCUACAACCAGGACACGGAGCAUAUGGACGUGGUGGAGCAGCAGACGGAGAGCCUGGAGCUGCACACCAACGCCCUGCAGAUCCUCCUGGAGGAGGCUCUGCUGCGCUGCCGAGACCUGGCCACGUCCCUGCGCCUGCUGCACGCCGACAGCCUCAACACAGGCCUGGAACUGCUGCGGCGCAUCCAGGAACGGCUGCUGGCCAUCCUGCAGCAUUCCACCCAGGAUUUCCGCGUGGGGCUCCAGAGCCCGUCCUCAGAGGCUCGCGAGGCGAAGGGCUCCAACGUGCCAGGCAGUCAGUGAGUGGCAGGCAGAGCCCCGG